UUGAAGUGCAUGGAGUCCGCACAUAAAAAUGAUCGAUUAUAGCAACGUAACGUGGCCCUAGGGCAAGCUAAUAAAGCAGGUUUUGUCUUUUUCUUUCUUUUCCCCGGGGUUGAAGUGUUUAGACAAUUGAAUCGAUCAAUUUACUACCAAAGUGAUCAAUUUUUAGUAUAAUCUUUUGUUCUUUUAACUUUCUUGAAAUAACCAUACAAACAUACAUACAACCUUUUCUUUUUCUUUCAUGUGUUUUUUUUUUCUUCAUGUUGACUUGCUAUAAAUUUAGCCUUUUUCUCAAUUUGGAUCGCACUCUUCCUUUUCUCUCUCUCUCUCUCUAUCUAUCUAUCUCUCUGUGUUACUCAGCUCAUAACACAGUCUGAAUUUCACACAAAGCCACUGCCUUCUACUUUUACCUUGGUGUCUCUCACUCUCUCAGCUCAGAAGGCGGUGACGGGUUCCAUUUUUCUGUAUUUGCAAGAUCAACAUGGAGAAUCAGGAGAUUCCCCAGCUUCUUCCAGGUUUUACAUUUAAUCCUAAAGAAGAACAACUUGUUGGAUUUUACCUCAAGAACAAGGUUAAUUCCGAGUAUCAUGGCGAUGUCAUCCCUGAUAUUGAUCUUCGUAUGGAGCCCUGGGACAUCAAAGCUAAAGUACCGGGAUAUGAAGAACAAGACGAGUGGUAUUAUUUCGGGCGUAACAACAGGAAAUAUGCGACAGGAACAAAAAUAGAUAGAACCACACAAGCUGGAUACUGGAAGGUAUCAGGAUCAGAUAAGGCAGUGUUUUCAAAGAAUGGGGAGAUAAUUGGUACAAAGAGGAGCCUUGUUUUCUAUAAAGGACGAGCUCCUAAAGGAACCAGAACUAAUUGGACUACUUAUGAAUAUCGUCUCCUAACCUCCCAACAUGGACCUCCUGAUCAGACUCAGGAAUAUCAAGAAUGGGUUGUAUGCAAGGGAUUCAUCAAGCAAAGUCCAAACAAUAAGUCAUGUUUAGAAUCGAUGAAUAAUGAUUUGUGUAUUAAAGCAAUUACGAGCAACCCAAGUUCAACAAUGCAUCAUAAUGAUCCUUCCAAUCCAAUAUUUAACCAAACAUCAAAUUUCAAUCAAUUCACCUUUAAUCCCUCUCAUCAUCAAGAUGGUCUCAUCUCUAGCCAAAUUGGCGAUGAACUCCCACAACCUCGUGAUAUUCCCAAUACCAUUUCAACAAUGUUGGGUACAAAAGAAGAUCAAGGCCUUUAUGUGCAAAACUCUAUAGCCAACAAGAUGAGUGCUAACAAUGAAGAAGAGAAGAGUAGCCAAUUCAUGCUUGAGCCUGCAACAUCUUCUUAUUCGUUCCCUAAUUUUCCAUUAGCCAUCACUAGUACUUCUGACGAUGAUAUGAAGAGCCAAUUGCUUGAAGACUACCCAACUAUGUACAUCUAGCGGCCUCCAAGGAGAAGAAAAAUCUGUUUUGCAAAAACUAUCUCAUAGUAUAUAAUUAAAAGUUGAGAUGCUUCUAUAUACAUUGAAAUAUAGCUUGAUACGUGGCAUGAAGAAAGAAGGACGUGUGGCAAAACGGAGAUGAAUUGGAGUUUGGUUUAAUUUAUCCGGAAAGAAGAAUUUCAUAUGUGCACCAGACCAAGAGUUAUGGAGCAAUUGACAUGGGACAUUUAGCAUUAUUUGUUGGUUAUCAUUGCUCAUUAUUAGGCUAGAUAUAUAGCGUAAAGCUGACAUUUAUCAACUAUUAAAGGAGCUUCGAGCUUAGUGUAAUGAUGAUUUGAAAAAACAUAUAUCCUACAUACAGUUGAAUGUUUUAAUUCUAGUUAUACACAAAAACGUUCUUUUACCAUUCUUUUUGGUCCGAGUAAUUAACACAAGUUCUACAAGGCCAAGUGUUCCACCAAAGGAAAAUUCUACAAAAGAUCUCCUCCAAAACUCAUUCGGCCCAGGCUUACCUUAUUAUAUUCUUGCUUUAUAUUUAGUUGAUUUCACUGUCAAUUGUUAUUUACUUAUUUUUAUCCAUAACAAAUCAAUUCACAUAUCCAAAUAGCAUUUCUUUUCUUUUCAAUUUUCAAUUUUUUUUUUAAUUAAAUCAUCAAUGAUCAUGAGGGCCAGGAAGGAAAGAGAAAGUUGUGAGAUACCAAGGUGUGAUUCUAAUUUUUUAUUGUGAAAUUAAAGAUUGACCAAUAUGAAGCAACCCUUAAUCCCAUAUGUUAGACCUAUUUUUUCAUAAAUCCUUGAACGGAGAUAAUCUUUCAAUAGCAUUCGAAUAAUGUCGUGUUUGAAUAAGCCAAUUAGAAUACGGCAAAGAACUUUAUUCAUUUCUAGUUCCUUUUUUAAAUCAUUUUGAUGCAUUAGGAUGACCAAAAAUUGUAGUAAAACUUUUCUGCUCAUACUGAGCUUAUGAGCUCUCCCAUCUUUAAUCCUACAACUAUAUAUUCGACCAUAUUAAAUAUGGAAUUCAGAAGAGAAAAUAAAACAGUACUCCUUCCGAUUCAUUAAUAAGUAUUCG